AUGGCUGAUAACUAUAGCAAUGUGGAGCUCUAUAGCAAUAAAACUACCGUGGAUAUUGAUAACAUAUUCAAUUCGCUUCCUAUAUGCGACGACGACAACAUAACUGAUUUUAAUUUGAGCUUAGCAAACGAAACAUUGAUCAUUCCAACGUAUGAGAAAGUGCUGCCAUAUGUUCUCCUGGUGUGCUACUUGCUCAUCUGCGCUUUGGGUCUCGUUGGCAACGCCCUUGUCAUCUAUGUAGUGCUGAUGUUUGCAAAAAUGAAGACGGUAACAAAUAUGUACAUCCUCAACUUAGCGCUGUCCGACGUCCUGUUUCUGACCAUACUGCCUGUCAUGGGUACAACAGCUGUGGUUAAGCACUGGAUUUUUGGUUUUGCUAUGUGCAAAAUUUAUUUUGUGCUGUAUUCCAUUAACUUGUUUGGCGGGGCCUUUAAUUUGUGUGUGAUGAGCGCUGAUAGAUAUCUAGCUGUCUGCCAUCCAAUUCGCUCGCUGAAGUAUCGUACACCCAGGAUAGCACUGUUUCUCUGUCUGUGCAUAUGGUCGGUGUCUUUCAUGGUUAUGCUACCCAUUAUUCUCUACUCAACAACAACUAAACACAAGGAUCCAAACAAAGAGAGAUGUGUCAUCGUAUGGCCAGAGAACAGCCUCAUACCUGCCGACAAGGCGUUUAUUUGGUACUCUUUUGUCUUAGGAUUUGCAAUACCCGUAUCCCUUAUCUCAGUCUUCUACGUAUUGGUCAUCAUUAGACUGCGUCAUGUUGGGCCUGCCAAGAAGUCCAAGGAAAAGCAACGGUCACAUCGGCGAGUAACCCGUUUAGUAUUUACUGUGAUCAGUGUAUACUUGGUCUGCUGGCUACCUUACUGGUCAUUCCAAGCACACAUCGUCUUCAACAACGUCACCGCCCAUCAUAGUACUAUGGUGCUGAUCUUCAACGUCUUCACCGUCCUGUCCUUCGCCAACAGCUCCUUGAACCCUUUCCUGUACGCUUUUCUCAGUGACAACUUCCGGAAAAGCUUUGUUAAGGCGUUUAAAUGUAUGGCUGGGGCAGAGAUGAAUAAAACUGUCUGCAAUGAAAACAGUGUCUUUCCCAGGACCAGCCAGACGUACACACGGAGCGGGGUCAGUGCCACCGCAGAGGAAAGAAUGGAACUGUCUUCAAUGGAUAAUAGCCAAGCAGCGGCAUCACAGUCAAUAGAAUGCAACUCAAAGUUUGUGCAGGAUAAUCAAGGGUUUUUAAAGCCGCCAGUCAGCUUGUAG